UUUUCCAUUGAUCCUCCUCAUCCGUCGUUGCUAAAAAUUUUCUACACUGCUGAGAUUUUGUAAAAUACAAUCAAUUUACCUAAAACAUUACUAAAACUUACAAUAUCUACAAAACUUUUUAAUCUGUGAUUUAUAAAUUUAAUUUGUGUUUUAUUUAAAAAAAAAAAGUUCUUUAUUGCAACAAGAGAUAUCCUGAUAGAGAAGAAGAAUUAUAUUCAUCACCAUCAUCAUCAUCAUCCUGUAUCAAUGCGGUGGCCGUGAGACAAAGUUGUAGUAGAACGUUUCUCUGCACACUUAAAAAACAAGGGAGAGCAUCUUCUUUUUUUAAAACAACUUUAAAAGAAAAGUAGACAAAAAUGCUUUAAGUUCUUUUUUUUUUUUUGUGUUUGUUGUUUGGGAAAAAGUAUUAUUUGUUAAGUGUAUUUUGAAUGAUAACCACGAGACGACGAUUUCAUCAAUCCCCAAGAAUAAGACGAAAACGUCGACGACAAAUAUAUUUCAUUGAUAAAUCCACAACAACGAGAAGGAGAAAACUUGAACAAAAAAAGAAAUAUCCUAUCAACCAGAAAUAAUAAUGUCGUCGUCCUGCACACAAAAUGGCAGUAAUCGCGAAUUUGUCGAAGGUUGGACACUUGCGCAAACUCUUGGUGAAGGUGCUUAUGGCGAAGUAAAAUUGUUGAUAAAUCGACAAACCGGCGAAGCUGUUGCUAUGAAAAUGGUUGAUUUGAAAAAGCAUCCGGAUGCUGUGCUAUCCGUGCGAAAGGAAGUUUGCAUACAAAAAAUUCUCCAGGAUCCGCAUAUUUUGCGUUAUUUUGGAAAACGUUCACAAGGUGAUAUCGAAUAUAUAUUUUUGGAGUAUGCUGCUGGUGGUGAACUCUUUGAUCGAAUUGAGCCUGAUAUCGGUAUGCCACAGCAUGAAGCGCAAAGGUAUUUCACACAACUACUAUCCGGGGUGCAGUAUUUGCAUUCGAGAGGCGUUGCCCAUCGUGACCUGAAACCAGAGAAUUUGCUACUCGACGAACAUGACAACAUCAAGAUCUCAGACUUUGGAAUGGCGACCAUGUUUAGAAUGAAAGGCAAAGAAAGGCUAUUGGACAAACGAUGUGGGACACUGCCUUAUGUUGCACCUGAGGUUCUGGUCAAACCGUAUCAUGCACAGCCGGCAGAUAUUUGGUCGUGUGGUGUUAUCCUUGUCACAAUGCUGGCUGGUGAGUUACCUUGGGACCAACCCUCUGCCAAUUGUCAAGAGUUUGUCAAUUGGAAAGAAAACGACCGAUGGACAACAAAAACACCAUGGAGUAAAUUAGACACACUAGCUAUAUCAUUGCUACGCAAGGUACUAGCCGUACAACCCGCCCAUAGAAUAAAUCUAGACAAAAUUUUGGAUCACAAAUGGUGCAACAUGCAAUUUGUAGAUUGUGAUUUGAAAUCCCGCGAUGUUACAGAUGGCGACCUACGCUCACCAAAGUCCAAGCGACAGUGUUCGAGUUCAGAUUUCUCACAUCCUUUCGACGAUUCCAUAUCGCGAGUUUAUUGCUCCCAGCCAAUGCCUACAAUGAAGAAUGACGUAGAGGCUGAUAUUGCGGCCCGUGGCGGUGGAAUCAAUCGAAGCACAAAUAACAAUUCCUCAUUUGAAGCCCGCAAUGGAUUCUGUUUCUCACAGCCGGCUCUUCUGGAUGAUUUGAUUUUGUGCACUCAAAUGAAUCAAACACAAUCGGCAAGCCAAAAUGUAUUCCAAAGACUAGUGCGACGCAUGACAAGAUUCUUUGUAACCACACAAUGGGACGAUACAAUUCGAAGACUAUUUACGACGCUGGACAAACUGGGUUACACGAGGAAAAUCAAUGAUGAUAGUGUGGUGACAAUAUCGACAACCGAUAGAAGAAAAUUGCGCCUGGUAUUUAAGGCGCACAUCAUUGAGAUGGAUGGAAAGAUUUUGUUGGAUUUCCGUUUGUCCAAAGGAUGUGGUUUGGAAUUUAAGAGGCGAUUUAUUAAAAUCAAACAAAUUUUGGAGGAUAUUGUGCUGAAGGGGCCAACGACGUGGCCAAUUGCGAUAGCAACUAACUCUGUGCCUUAGGUUCUGUUUGUUUAUUCUUUUUAUUUUUUAUACAUUAAGUUAAGUUUUUCAUUACAACAUCAUAACAUGUAUUAAUUAUUAUGUUUAUAAAUACAUACAUCUUUUUUUCAUUUUA